AUGCCACUUGCACUUAGCUACACCGUGGGCGUUCUGACGCCUGAGGCCGGACAACGCGCCGGCUCGAGGAUCACCAACGCAUUCCUGAAAUGGCACGGCCUUGCCGGUAACCGGGUGAUGACACCCAAUGUCACGAUGCAGAUCCAGUCAUUGCCGAAAAACGGUGCGCUUUCGGGCGGGGAGCCGGUGGAGGGUGUCUGGCUGGAGUGCAAGACACCUUCCUUCGCCUUCGCAGACCGGGACGUCCAGGUUGGUUUCUUUCAAGAAGCAACCGACAUCAUUGCCGACGAAGCGGACGGAAAUCUCACCAGGGAUCGGAUUUAUUCCAACGUUGUGCAUACGGUGGACGGAACCUGGAACCUUGAUGGUGAAGCCAUGACGGAUCACCAGCUGACAGAACGGAUCGCCCGCGGUUGA